GGGAUUUCCGGAAAAGCGAAACUGAAACUUUGUGGCCCAGGGCGGCAGGGCACCGCGCCCUCGUUCCCGGCCCAACUGCAUCGCAGGAGCCAGAUGCCGAUAGCCAUGGCCUCGACCAGCCGUCCGCCGUCCCCGCUGCUUGUGCGGGUGUCCGAGGCCACCCCGCGAAUAUGCUGGAAGCUGAGAAUCUACUUCCAGAGCAAGAAAUCUGGCGGCGGGGAGUGCUCCGUCCAGCCCCUCGGCCAAUGGGACCAGGUCACCUUCGAGGUGAAGUUCAAGGAAAGGGAAGCUAAAGAGAGAGUCUUGAAGAAAAAAAAUCACCAAAUUGUGGUUGACGACAAACUUGUGGCUGUUUUUCUGGAGCCCACUGAGAAUCCAAGAGAGAAGAAUGCAAGACCCAGAACGUCUUCGCGGACACAGUCACAGGAUGCUUCUGGUGAGAAGCAUCCCAACAAAGAAUACAUUCCUAAUGCUGUGGAUUCCUGUGUCCAAAAGAUCUUUCUUAGUGUCACAGCUGACCUGAACUGCGACCUGUUCUCUAAAGAGCAGAGGGAACACAUAACCGCCGUCUGCCCCAACAUCAAAAAGAUGGAUGGGCCCAAUGGAAUUGAGAAGGUGUGUGGUACCUUCGGAGAUAUUGAAAAAAUACAUCACUUCUUGAAAAAGCAACUCCAGGAAAGUGGGCAGAAACAUGAAUCUUCCUCUUUAACAAUAGAGAAGGAGCCAGUCCAUCAGCACCAGAAUGGCUACAUUUCUUCCUCUGAACCAAACAACCAGGCAGAAGCAAAAAGUGACCCUUAUGAAGUUCCCUUGACUUUCUUUGAAUACUUCCAAUUAAUCUAUCCUGAUAAAAUAGACUCAAUACAGAAAAGAUUUGGUGUAGAAAUAACAAUCCAGCAGAGUUCGAAUAUAGUCUACUUAGACUUCACCUCAAAUCAAUCAGGUGACCUCAAAGCAGCUCAAGAUUUUUUUGUCAGUGAAUUUCAGGAAACCAUAGGAUUUCUGGAGCAAGAAUGUGUUCCUUUCGCAGACAGUGAGCAGGCAAACAAAAUCAAACAGGAAUUGAAUCACCAGUUUCCAAAACUCCUUGUAAAGGAGAAAGGAGGAGAAUUAACUCUUCUUGGGACUCAAGAUGACAUUUCAGUUGCCAGAUAUAUUUUUGCUCUAAAAGACUCUAAAAGUCCUGUCAAGGGACCCGUGAAAAUAUCAACUCCCAGAUGCUUGAUGAAAGGAAUUAAAGUUGAUACUUUUCAGUAUAAGCUUUUAGAAGCUGAAAUACUCCAGGAGAUACCAAAGAUAGAAAAAAAGUAUGACACUCAAUGCGAGGUUCUGGUAAACACUGAGAAAACCUGCAUCCUAUUUGAACCUAAGGACAAGGAGUUAGAUCUGUCUGUCCAUGCUUAUGCAAGUUUCAUUGAUGCCUAUCAACAUGUGUCAUGUCAGCUAAUGACAGAAGUCCUUUCACUGAAACCUUUGGGCAAAGAGAGAAUGCACUUACACGGGACCAAGUUCACUGAUGACUUUAGGAAAAAGCAUCCAAAUAUACACUUUGUACUAAAUCAAGAGUCGCUGACUUUGAUUGGAUUGCCAGAUCACCUUGCAAAGGCAGAGGAGUAUAUCUUUAAAGAAGUGCGGAUGUCUCCAUUAGCUGGAGACAAAUGGAAUGAGGACCAGGAAACAUCCAUGGAUGUCAAGGCUAAUGAUUCAAAAACAGCUUCACCCACAUUCCAGCAGUCUGCUGGCCCUGGGGUGUCAGGCAUGGACAAGGAAGAGGGCCAAUGUGUCAUCUGCAUGGACCUGAUUAGUAACAAAGAAGUGCUACCGAAAUGCAAGCACGCAUUCUGCGCCCCAUGUAUCAACAAAGCCAUGUCCUAUAAACCAGUCUGUCCUGUGUGCCUGACUUUCUAUGGUGUCCAGAAAGGCAAUCAGCCGGAGGGAACCAUGACUUUCACUGUCGUAGAAGAGUCACUUCCAGGAUAUAACUCUUAUGGCUCCAUUGUGAUUAAUUAUAACAUGAAAGGAGGCAUACAAACAGAAAAGCACCCAAACCCAGGAAAGGCAUACCUUGGAGUACAGCGAACGGCAUACCUGCCCAAUAAUAAGGAAGGAAAGGAGGUUUUGACACUGCUUCGUAGGGCCUUUGACCAAAAGCUGAUUUUCACAGUGGGGGAGUCUCGAACAUUAGGAAAAUCAGAUGUCAUUACAUGGAAUGAUAUUCACCACAAAACCUCCCGUUACGGGGGCCCAGAAAGGUUUGGCUACCCUGAUCCUGAUUAUUUGAAACGUGUUAAACAGGAGCUGAAAGAUAAAGGAAUUGAAUAAGAACACAGCCAGAAGGAU